AUGGAAACCAGCCGCUUUGUGAUUAAUUCCGAGGUCCCAGCCACACACCGCCUGAGUUUUGGCCAUCAGUCCAUCUGCCAUUUGGUCAUUCCUCCAGCGUCCAUGGUGCAUAUGCAGAACCUGGUAGAGAUCCGGUUACCACAUAACAAGCUGAAGACAGUGCCCUUGAGUUUGUUUAAAUUGACGCAGUUGGAGGUGCUAAAUUUGGAGAGUAAUUUGCUGGAGGAUGCCGGGGAGGAUCGGUUGUGGAGAGGCAUGGUGCGGCUGAGGGUUUUAUUUUUGGGAUCAAAUUUGCUCAACGAGGUGCCGUCAGCAGUCGGGCGGUUGCCGAGGCUGUUUUACUUGGAUGUCUCAGAUAAUCCAAGACUCGGGUGCUUGCCUGUGGAGAUGUUAGGAUCGGCGAGUUUGGGCACAUUGGCAGCUAACCGGUGUGAUGCGGAAGGCAUGUAUUUAGAAACAAGGAGGAAAAGGUCAGUGCCCUCAUUGAAGGAUAUUUGUCUGCGUUCUAUCUACGCCGCCAUUGAUUUAUGUCAAAUAGGCUGUGGUGCUGGUGCUGGGCUAAGGGAAGUCUGCGAGGAGAUAAGGAGGAGGCCUCAGGAGUACUGUGUGGCGGAGUUGUUGCUGAAUUUGUUGGAUUCUGUGAAGGGAAUGCCGCUGUGCUCAGUGUGUGCACGGCCAGUGUUUUUUAAGACCUUUGAGGUUGUUAGGCGUGCUGGAGAGUGGGAGUUGCCAUUCAAGUGGAUGUGCUGUUCGUCUGAAUGUCGCGAGGUUGCGGAUGUACAACAGGUUACGACUAAAUUGACGCUUCGGUAA